AUGGAAAAAUUCGACAAUGAAAAUGAAGGAAAGCCUGAAAACCAAGAAAAAGUGGAAAACGAAGAACAGCCACAGAUUCAGGGGAACCCUGACGUAGCUGAUACUCAGGAAGACAAGCAAACGUUAGGAAAUGAGGGAAUGACAGAAACUAAGGAGAAAGCAGAUGAGGAAAUGCUAAAGGAUAAGGGGAAACCAGAGGGUGAGGGGAAGCCAAAAGAAGGAAAACCAGUGAGUGAAACAAGGGCUGCAGGAAAGCGCCCAGCCCAGGAUAACAUACCCAGGAAAGCAAAAAGAAAAACUAACAAGGGGCUGGCUGAGUACCUGAAGGAGUAUAAGGAGGCCAUACAUGAUAUGCAUUUGAGCAAUGAGGAGAUGAUAAGAGAAUUCGAUGAGAUGGCUAGGGUGGAGGAUGAGGUGAAAAAAUCCAAACAGAAAUUGGGGGGAUUUAUGUGGAUGCAAAGAAGUUUACAGAAUCCCUUCCACCCUAGGGGCCCAAGGGAACUUAGGGGUGGCUGCAGGGCCCAACAAAGAGGCUUUGAAGACAUUCCUUAUGUGUAG